AUGGCGCCGAUGCCUUCCGGCGCAGCCCUGGCCCAACAACUGUCAGCACAGCUGGCCAUGGCAGCGACUCAGCCCCGUAGGUCCAUGAGUCGUUCGGCACCCACAUCUCCAGCAACACGGCCGCACCGUGACCUGGCGCCGUUGUCGACCAUUCAAGCCAUCGACAUUGGGACAGCGCAAUCGCACACCGCCGCCUUUGGCGCUGGCCAUGGCGGCGGUCUCGCGCCCGCUGCUCAAAUCUCACCCGAGGUGCGCGCCCAAGUCCGCAUGUCUCCCGAGAUGCAGAUACGCGCCCUUCGGCACUCCCCGGAGGUUGUCCUCAAGGCCCUCUCGCCCCUCACAAUGCCCAGCCAACUCCCACAGGUGCAGCAACACCAACAGCGGUCAUACCCCGUCGGCAGCGUGCCUGUGACAUCCAUGGGCCAGAUGCCUCCCAUGCCUCAGCGGGGUGUCACAAUACCGCAGCCCAACAGUCCGGUGCGCGUCAACCGUCGUCCACGGUCGCGGUCACGGUCCCGCUCGAGAGUGUCGUCUGGCUCAGAGGCCUCGGAGACGGAGGUCGACUCGGACUCUACUUUUGUGCCAGGGCGUGUGAGGCAUCACCAGCACUCGCGAUCGCAGCCCGACCUCUCGGCGCUUCGCUCGCGAGUCAACGUCGAGGGCUGGGCAGAUGGUGUCAUGCGCACCCAGCUCGAAGAACGUCGUGCUGCCAACAACAGCCACCUCACCCGCCGCCGGAGCCAGGGCCGCAAAACGCCUCCUCAUCGACCUAUCCCUCUCGCUGCCAGCACCUCGGUCUCGCCGUUCUCGACAGGAAACGGUGGGCCCUCGGGUCCGCGCCAUUCGCCGCGCGCAAGUACCGUCUCCAUCCCCCACUUAACCCAGAUUCGUACCGACAGCUCGCCGAUGAGCUCGUCCGAAGAUUCAUCACGGGAAGGCAGUCGUGAUUCCCCAUUCUCAAUUCGAUCGCCUCUUGGUGGCAUGACAGGAAGCGAGGACGCCGACGACGACCUGGAAAGCCUCGACUCGCCGUCUUCUGGAUCGCUUAGCUUUUCCCCGAAGGCGCGGACUCGCAACAUCGUCCGGCAACGGUCGUUGCCGAGUGACAAACUCAACUCGCGCGCUCUGGGCCUCCUCCUCGAGCCCACGAACAGUGGCGACGAGGUGCCACGUCGCAGUGUCGACCUCAAGGCGGCCAUCGUUGAGGCCCGUCUCCGGCGCUCGUCCUUGCGCGGCUACCGUCUCCUGGCCAUUGUCCCCGCGUUGUGGGGUAUUGCUGUCCUCUUCCACGCCUUUGUGACCGGUGCGCUCUGGUACGACGUCUGGCCGUGGGGUGUCGACUUUAGCCGUGAAGCACUGGAGAGCCUCGUUGCCGGCCACAACCCGUACGAAGGCAUCAAGCGCCCAGUCCACCGCGGCGACAUGCUUCUUGCGAUCGCAUGGGCGUGGCUUACUGCCCAAUUCUGUUUUGGCCUGACUACGGGUCUGACAUACCGCUGGCGGUCCUACUACUCUUUGCCAUCGACGGUCACGCGCCUUCUGUCGCUCCAGUGUCUCUGCUGGCCAGCCACCUACAUCACCCUGUGGUUCCUGGGCCCUCGGCGCCCACUUCUCUCGUGGGUCGUCAUUGGCGUAACGACUGGUUGCUCGCGCUGUAUCCAAAUGUGGGUCACCUCCAACGUCAUCUCCGACGAGGACGAGGAUGAUGCUGGUGGAGACAUCACCCCAGGACCAUUCCGGCGCGGAUCGCCUCAAGCCGGUCCCAAGCCCACCCCUCGCCACGUCAAGGGCUGGCGUGUGUUCACCUACAAUCGCCACUGGAACUGGGACCGUAUCGCCUACAAGGUCGGUUGGAAAGUCUGUGCCCUCCUACUCAUUACGUGCGCGUGGCUCCUGUACCGCCUCGACGAGCUGGAGGAUGGGUGGACUCCGGCCGUGCCUCCGUCGGGCGUGGCCUUGGCAUGA